UUACUUGAAUUAAAAGAAAUCUACUAGUAACGAAAAUAAUUGAGUGAUUGUAAAUGUGCAAUAUCUAGCAGAAUGUGGUAUUUGGUAAAUUCUACAGGGUAUCGUUUGUACCUGAAACCAAAUGCAGAAUUAACAUUCGGUAGAAAGAAGGCUGAUAUUCUUCUGCAAAAUGAUGAGUCUAUUAGUAGGUUACAUGCUUCCAUUUACAUUGAACCUAGAGAAACGAUGACGAUUAAUGAGCCUACAUCAAUGUGUAAGCUGAAAGACAUGGAUUCAAAGUAUGGUACAUACGUUAUUUUGGAUGAGGAAGACAAAUUUGAGAUAUCUAAGGAAUGGUAUAAUUUGAAGAAUAACGACAAAAUACAAUUUGGUUUGCAGCAGCACAUAUUUACUGUGAUGUACAUGCCUAUAAUAAUUGUGAUAUCUUCUCUGAACGAUAACGAUAAGAACAAAUUACAAGAAUUGAUCGAUGAAAUUGAUGGGAUGAUUACCACUGAUUGGACAACCGCUUGUACUCAUUUGACAGUAUCGAAAGCUGCAUUAACUGAAAAGGUUACUUGGGCUAUGGCUUCUGUUGUGCCAAUAGUAACUCUAGGUUAUUGGGAAAAAGUUAAACAUGCAAUUGAUAAUGGCAAUAAAUUCCCAAAGGUGGAUAGCUUUGUUCCACAAAUUAACGAAUCAUUAAUUAUCAAAGGAAACGUAUCAUUGUUUCCAAAUGAGAAACGAAAGACAUUAUUUCAAAAUUUAAUAUUUGUAUUCUUUAAUGUACGUCAAUAUAAAAUAUACGGAAGAAUGAUUAAUAUGGCAGAUGGUAAAUUACUUUUAUAUUCAAAAAAACCUUUAACUAAUGAUGAACUUUGUGCUGGAAACGUUGUUGUAUUACAAUAUUCUAACAACGAUGCAACACAAUCGACACAAUGUGUUGUACCCGAGUACGAUUCAAUAUGUAAUACAUUACGAGCAAAUAAACGUAGAAUGAUAUCAGAAUCUGAAAUCCCUCUGGCAAUUUUGCAUUGUUGUACGGACAAAUAUUGCAAUCCAAAGUUUACGUUUACAGAGCUCUUAAAAAGAACACAACCGAUACGUGAUUCGUCCGAAGUUUUAGUCAUCGAUACACAAGACGUGUUAUCUAAUAAAGGAUCAGUAAAAGUAGUUUCUAGCGUUCCAAUAAAAUUAAAUAAAGUCAUAAUACCUUCUUCGGAUAGAGAGGCCGAAGUUAUUCCUGAAUCAUAUGAUACUAACAUUGACUCAUUAAAUAAAGUUACAACUUCUUCAGAUAGAGAAGUCAAAAUUAUUCCUGAAUCGUAUGAUAUUGACUCAUUAAAUAAUAGUAAUAUUUCUCAGAGGAAAGAAAGUCUCAAAACUAGUACACCAAAAGGUGCCAAUAGUACCAGUGAUUUAGAUACAAACAAAACAGUAAAAGAUAUUGGAGAAAUAGAAGUUAUACACUACAUUCCAGAAACAAAUAAUUCGUCCAUAUCAAAUGUUUCACAAGAGCUCUUGCAAUGUUCCGUACAGGAAACCCUAAGUUUAAAGAAACAGGAUACAGAAAAAGAAACUCGUUUGAAUAAAGCAAUGGAUUUAAUCCCAAACGAGCAUAUUCAAUUAAAAGUUACACAAGUGAACGAAGACGAAUGUGAUAAAAUUCCUAAUAUAGUAAUGACACAAAAAAAAGUGAAUAAAUUGUUAUUAGUCGCAACUAGCGAAAGAGACGAAAUCCCAGAAAUGAAAUUGUCCGAAAAAAAUAACAACAACGAUAAUAAAAAUCCAUUGAGCUCGUCGUCAGAAACAACAGAGAACGAUGUAAGAUUAAAAGCAGGAAGUAAACGUUCUAACGAUUUUGAAAGUGACGACGACAGCAUACUUCCUAGAAAAUCAAUUGAUACGAAAAAAUCGGGUACGACAGAUACAACAAAUUCAUCGGGCACUGACGAUCACAGCAAUCACAGUGAUUUACCGAAAUGUAGAUCAUACUUUAUUCGAGAUAAACCUGGUUUCAAGACAUUUAAAAAGAUUUAUAAUGUUACUCUGGAACGAAGAAUAAAAUUAAACAAUAUGUAUGUAUGGAAUCAAUCUAAUAUACAAGGUUUAUAACAGUACUUAAAUAUUCUUGUCCGACAUCGUGUAAAAUAAUUCAACCGUUCGUCAAUUUUGUUUACUUUUAAUUUUUUUAUGUUAAUAAAUAGAAAUACUGUAAGCAACAAAAGAGCUGCACGACUAAAUUUGACACAUGUUAAUGAUUAACCUUUGAUAUUAAACAAUAAUAUAUUAUUG